GCUGCAGAGAGGCACGCUUGGAAAAAACAAGGCCAUCCAGCAAGCGUUCCCACGUCACGUGAUGUGGGCAAAAUACUCAUUACGGCUUCAUUUUAGUGGAUGCCCGAAAAGGUUUGGGUGGCUGAGUGGUUGCUGGUGACAACAGUAUGGAACUGUUGAAGAUAGAGCAAGUCAUCGUAGGAAGUGAGAUGAUGUCCACCUCAGCAGAGACCAAGCCUGAACCUGUGAAUCCCUCUCUGCCGUCUUAUCAGCAUGACAGUCUGCAGUGUUUCCAGUGCUUCAUUACCUUCUGCAACUCCAAGGCCAAGGAGAGGCACAUGAGGAAGAGCCAUCGGGAGGAGUACAAGCAGCAACUGCAGCAGCAAUCUGACCGAGUGUUCACUUGCUACGUGUGCGACCGGAGCUUCUCCUGCUCUGAGGCUCUGACCCAGCACCAGGCGUCCCACAACGGUGAGGACAAGCCUUUCCGCUGCACCUACUGCCAGGAUACCUUCCGCACCUUCUCUGAGCUGACGUCACACCGGAGGCAGGAAUGCACAGAGCGACAGUAUAUCUGCAAAGACUGCAGCAUGGUGUUCCGCAGUCCCGCACGACUCCGCACCCAUCGUAUCGCAACGCACCCCCAGCCCCAGGAGGAGGAGGAGGCUGACGACACCAAGACCUACCGCUGCGGCAAGUGUAGUCGUGGCUUCCAGACAGAGGAGGAACUCGUGCAGCAUCAGGAGACCUUUGCUGGCAAGCAGAAAUGCUAUGUUAAGCCUCCGCUCAGAAAACGGGGCCGCCCCCCCAAGAAAGCAGCCGAGAAAGAGAUGACCGUCAACAAGAAGAGCAAGGAAGAAGGGGGAGCAGCAGCGGAGGAAGAAGGAAAUGAUAAAUCAUCAACAAAGUCACGGGGACGGCCCCCCAAGGAGCAGCAGGCUCAGACGGAGCUCAAGAUCCCCUGUCCUGAAGCAGAUUGUGACCUCAUAUUCCCUUCUGUUGCAGCCCUCCGGGCCCACAAGAAAGUACACCAUGGGCCUCCCCCACCCCCUCGCAAGGCUCAUCCAUGCAACGAGUGUGAGGAGAGCUAUGCUCGACCAGAGCAGCUCAAAGCACACGUGGCCAGAGCUCACAGCUCCACCCGACACAACUGUCCCACCUGUGGGAAGAGCUUCGGUCGGGAGAGCAACCUCAAGGCCCACCAGAAGACCCAUACUGAGGGCGAGGAGGCAGAAGACACAGACAAAAGAUAAUAUGUGGGGAAAGGACUGCAAUAUCAUCACUCAGCUAAACAGUUGUCAGAAUAUGGAUUACUGUAUUCUACUCAGAGUAGAUGGGAUUUUUUUUUACAUGGAUAUGAUGGGAUAAUGAGGAUGUGCAAUGCAAGCACUUGCAUUAUGGAGGUUGUUUAUGGAAGGCUAUUUUUAAAUUGUUUUUAGAAAGACAAUUGUACAAGACAAUUGAGCUUUUAAAAAGACAAUUGUAAAUAAAAGUCUAUACUGAUCUGUACAUAGUUAUGAUUUGUAAUGGCCCUUCAGAACAUGUCACAGGGCACCAUUUGCUUUCGAUAUUACCUCUAUUACACCUUUUAAACCUUUUUUUAUAUUCAUUGUAGAGUAACUGGCUUAUUUCCCUCAAUGUGUGGGACUGUUUUUGAACUGGUCACUGUAAGCAGAAAUUAGGCAGUCAAAUAAGUAGAAGUCUUUGAUUUCAAAUUGAUUACGGUUGUAGUCACUCAUAAAAUGCAAAAAUGGGCCAAUGUAUAGAAUUCUGUACUAUUUGACCUCAUUGCUGUUAUCUGGGGAUCUUUUUUUUUCUUCCAAAAGUAAACAAUUGUUGCAUUAAACUUGUUAUCAUUUUACUGUGUGUCGUUGUAGUCAGUCUUGGUGACAGUAUGGCCUAGUGUGCGUAUAGUGUCUGGCCCAUAACCUGAAGGUACCAGCAUCUAAUGUGCCAGUUAUAAGCCAAACACUGUAAACCCGUGUCACUCAGGAUGAGACCAGCUGAAAGUGCCUAUGCUGUAAAUUGUGCAGAAUCAUACUCUGACCAGCUGUGUGAUCAAUAAAUACGAGCGCUAUGCAACAAAGACGAUUAUAA